UCUUCAUUCAUGCAAGAAACGUCGGGCCAAUCAACAUUCUUCUAACAGAGACGAACCAAUUGUAUUGGCUCUUACUUCAGGUGCAAGGCUAGAGAUCUUCCACCCAUCGUACGGACAUAUUGGACUAGAUUUCUUAGGACAGAGACCAGAUUCCAGUGAAAGCAUACACAAGCAGAGAUGUCUGUGACCGAUGAAGUUGUGAUGCCAACCUCAGAUAGCUUCUGGGAGUUGGGCAAGUUCAUGAAGACAGUGAAGAGAUGUGACAAUGGCUACAAAUUGUGUGAUUCUCUGAGACAGUUGGUAGAACAACGUAGCGAGAUUGAAAGAAAGUAUGCCAAGGACUUGGUUCAGUGGGCGAAGAAAUGGAACAACUUCUUAGAUAAUGGUUCAGAGUAUGGCACAAUGCAGGGAGCGUGGCGAGGAGUUCUGUGUGAGGCUGAUAGUCUCUCUGAUUUACAUACUCUUAUUGGAGACAGAUUAAUGUCAGAAGUGUACCAUUCUGUGAAAAUCUGGCAAAAAGAAAACUAUCACAAAUCCAUGAUGCAUUUCAAAGAAACAAAAGAAUUUGAAGACAGUUUCAGAAAGGCUCAGAAACCUUGGGGAAAGAAGCUGACUAAAGUUCUGACUGCCAGAAAGGAUUACCACAAUGUUUGUCGCCAGGAGAAGAGCACAGCUAACCAGGAGAACAAUGCUCGUGCGGACACAGCAGUGUCCCCAGAUCAGCUGAAAAAAUUGCAAGAAAAGCUGCGGAAGCUGCAGGAAGAAGUGAACGUAACCCGUGACAAGUACCAGGCAUCUUUGAACGACCUCAACAGUUACAAUGCCAAGUACAUGGAGGACAUGACAGAGGUUUAUGAGAAAUGUCAAAAUUUUGAGAAGAUGCGAAUAGACUUUUUGAAGAAAACAUUGUUUCAAAUGCAUUCCUGUUUGGAUCUAUCUGUUGAUUCCAGGUAUGCUAAGCUGUACACAGACUUGCAUUCUACAAUAGGUAACACUGACCCAGAUAAGGACUUGAAAUGGUGGUCUGCAAACAAUGGUAUAGACAUGGCAAUGAACUGGCCUGCAUUUGAGGAAUACUCUCCAGAACUACAGUCCAUAUCCAAGCGUGGUAAGUCCCAGAUAGUCAGUGGAGAUGGUAUCACCAUUACUCGUAUUCGCCAUAACAGAGAGAGCAGCUAUGAGAACUAUGGGUCUGACCAUGCCCAACCACCCAGCUACAACACAGUGACCACAACCCAGUCCAGGGCCAAUGACACCGAUACUGCAGCAGCUACAGUUACACAACCACCCAGGCAGCCUAGCUAUGAUGAGAGUCUCAAUCCAUUUGGUGAUGAUGAUGAUGAUGAAAAAGAUGAAGGUGGUGGUGAAGAUGUGCCAAUAACAGAAGAAAAGACGAGUCUAGAAUGUCAGCUACUGCCUUCCCCUCCAUGCCCACCAUGUAAGCAGAAGACCAGCUUUGCAAUAUCUCCUGCUCAAGACAUGCACACUACUUGUGUUGAAGGCCUUUCAUCUGACCAUCAACCAAGCUGUGAGCAAGCAACAUCUACCAACAACCACAACAUGCAGGCCGUCAGUGAGGACUACAAUGGUGGGGCUUCCAACCCAUUUGGAGAGGCUCAAUCUGAUGAUGAUCAGUCAGUUGAAGAUGAUCCUGCUACAGACCGCGGUGUUGCUGUCAAAGCCAUAUAUGAUUAUGUCAAGACUGAAGAUGAUGAAUUUAGUUUCAAAACCGGUGAUGUGUUUGUCAAGUUAACAGACGAGGAUGAGAUGGGAUGGUGCAGGGGAAGAAAAGAUGGUGACAUUGGUCUGUUUCCAGCCAACUAUGUUGUGCCAUUAUGAGUUGGUCAGGCCAGCUGUGAGCCUGUUGGCCAUGUAUGGGACUGUGAUACUUACAGCCUUCAGAAGUGUAGUAUGUUACUCCAGACAAACAGCCACCUUAUACCUCCAACUCCACAUCAGUGGAUGUACUGUAGACAUAUAUAGUCACCCGCUUCCACUCCUAUCAUAGAUGCUACCACUUGUAACGUGGGAGGAAUAGAGCACACCUGAUGUGGGUUGACUCAUAAUGUGUUAUAAAACUUAUCUGAUAUUAGUUUCUGUUAGUCAUAUUUAUUAUGUUCAAUACAACCUUGCUGAACACACAUUGAUUCAUAACUUAAUGUUUGGGCAAAAUGGUAGUAGUUUUUCUUUUCCAGUAAGAAUCAUUACCACAUACAAAUAUUUUGUCUCAAUGUCAAUAUUAUGCAACCAGUAACAUGACUGUUUCUUACUGUUAGUGGAUGACACUAAAUUGAUAAUGCUGUACAAUGCUUGAUAUGCCCCUUGAACAGUAGUCAACCCUACUAUUUCUUCACUUGGAACAUUUAUAUCAUGAUAAUUUCAGAAAGCCAUUAUGUUAAGGUGUACAUAUAUGUGUAUAUAUAUAUUGUAGCAGUAUUCUUUCUUUAUAAAGAUAAGUAGAGCAGAAAUUUACUUAAUCGAAAUUUUGGUCAUUGCAAGCAGUAAGCCUGGGUGUAAAAUAUUGCCAUGUUAUCGAUAUUGUUCUGUUAGUAGCUGAUUCUACCAUGAUAGCUACAGCUUAUGUUAUUAAUUUUCUACUCAGAUAUUGUAUUGUGGUUUGAUAUUUACUUUACUUGGAGGUAUAUAUAUGCUGUUAUGAGCAGGAGCAGUGUUUGCCAGACUUGUCAAUUGCUUUUCAAAUGAAAUGAAAAAUGUUUAAUACUAAGCAUGUAUAGUUUUGGAUUGGUUGAGGCAUUCUAGAAAGAGUGUAAAUGUGACUCCUAAAUUUGUAGUGAUAGUCCACGACAUAUAACACUAUUUCACAGUUCCCACAGUGACAGUUGAGGCAGCUGCUUCCAUUUGUUAUUUGUUGGAGUAUAUCCUGUGAAUACACACUGAUAGUAGGGAUGAAAGUUGCCAUCUUCAGCAUUAUAGUCACAGAUGCAGAAUUAUUAAAUCAAAGGAAGAUCAGUUUGUAAAACUGAAUUUGCAAAACAACUUACUUUUUACCAUGUAAACUUGUUUAAUCAUCAGAGUGGUCUUUGAGCUGAUAGUAUUAAGGAAGGUAGGACACAUUUGUUGCUGUGAUCUUGAUUGCUCAUUGUAAUUGUGCUUUGUAAGACGCAUGCAUAAUAUCUUGGCUAGAGCUUUGUGGAACUAAACUGGCCUUUGCUAUGUACCUGCCUACUAAACACUGGCCUCAUCAUCUCAACUAUGUGUAGACGCACACACACAAUGAAACUGGCCUAUUGUGACAAAAUCAAAAUGCAUUUGGAAUAUGAUAUAGGAAAUGUGCAGAUGGCCAUGCAAAAUACUGGGAUCAUAUAAUCAUAGCUAUUUGUUUGUUGUUAAACGCCGCGAUCAGCAAUAUUCCAGCUAUAUGGCGGCUAUUGCUUGGAAGUUUAAUUUGGUGAUAAAGUAUGGUAAUAUAUAAUGUAUACAAGAUGUCCAAUGGUCUGUCUAAUUAUUACUUGAUAAUGGGCUAGUUAUUCCACUAAUUCUAUGCCAUUAAAAUAUUUUUCUUAAGCAACAUUCCUGGUGAAAAGAAAUUGGUUCAAUUUGAGAUGACAUCCAGUAUUCUGCAGUCCUAAGUGUUGUUAUGCAAGCAAUGAAAUAUAGGCUGAUAUAUUUUGCCUAAAAUCAGUGAAAAAAGUGUUUUUGGAUUGUUUUAGAUAUGAAUCAAGCAUUUACAUUAGUAGUUAGUUGUAUUGCCACUAAAACCAUAUGCCUUUAAUGUUGUUUUAUGCUGUAACUGGGGAUUAAUUUGUAUUUAGACUUCCUACUCCUGAAAUGAGCCAAAAUAUUAUUGUGUGUGUAUAUAUAUAUAUAUUUCAUAAUCUUAUAGUAAGUGCAUAAACAGUAGUUAUUGUGACAAAGUUGGACUACCUACAUCCUUUCUUUUAUUAUGACAUGAGCCACAACUGUGAGCACAUCAAAAUUGUGCACCUAUAAACAGGGUUUUUUUUAGUUGUUACCAUUGUUAAGUGGUCACCCUGGUCCACCUGAUACAUUUGGAGGUCUAGAUGCCAUUGCCCCCGGCCCCCAGAUACAUUGAAGGUUGAGCUGCCAUCAACCAUGUCCACCAGAUGUACUGGAGGUCGAGCCACCAUUGCCAAGGUCCACCAGAUAUACUGAAGGUUGAGCUGCCAUCAACCAUGGUCCAACAGACACUUGAGGAUCAGUAUUUGGUAUACAUCCUAUAAAUAUAUGGAUUCCCAACAGUGAUAAUGGCUUUUGUUUAGAAGUAACAAACAAACCUCAGUCUGUGUGAAGGAAGUGUUAUGGUAGGUUGUUCUCAGGUGACAUUGUCAAUAUCAAGGAGGAAGUGUAAUCUGAUUGUGAUGCUACCAUGAAAUAUAAGCCAUACACCAAUUGUGAGCAUGUCACACAGUAUAAUAAGCAUGUGGCCAAAAUAGAGUACAUUUUCAAGGGUGGAUGGUGCAAGAUCAGAUUUUCUAUGGCCAAGUAGUUGGCAUUAAUAUCUAAUAGAAAAAUAUUUCAUCUACGCAGUUAAUUUUGUUUUGUGUUUUUGCACAUGUACCAAUCCUCAUCAUUGACACACAUGGAAUAUCCCUAUUUUGUGUUUAUGAAGAUUCUCUCUCAAGCUCAAUGUAUCAAUAUCUCGUUUUGUACUAAUAGUGUGACGAAUGUCACAUGGUGCAUCAGACAUUGUUAAUCAGACUGGUUUUUUUUGUGUUGCGCUGUAUCAAGACUUGUCGCAGUCUAUCCGCUCAGUUUGGAAAUUAAUUUUUGUUAUAUUUCUGGAAUAGGAAAUCUUAUCUUUAACUUUUAAAAGGUGUUUUUUCUCCUAUCCCUAUUAACCAGUUAUGGAAUUGCCAAAAUUCAGAAUACCAGUGAUGUGUAUGUUGUAAAACUUGACACAUCUGUAAACGAGUUGAAGUAGCUUAGGACUGCUUUGUAAAUCGGUUGUUAGUUUCACAAGCUUGAACAUAAUAGCUAUUUUUUCUCAUAAAUAUUUGGUCUUGGUCUUAUUUGGAAAAGAUUGUGUUAUUGUCAUGGAGUCUACGAUAAUAAGAUAACCUAACCUUUUUUUAACUUAAUCUUGGCAGGAAAUUUUAAAUUCUUGAUCCUGUAUUGUGACAAUCUAUGGUUGUUUUUUUUAUUGCUGUAGGAGCUUAUGCUAGUCAUUGGUAGCAUUGAUUGGAUACUGGUGCGUUAAGCAAUUACUUCAUCACUUGUUGACUAUUAUGGCAUCACUUUGAUAUGAGUAAGUUAUAUACCCCGGUAUUAAAUUUCAUUUUAUCAUUUUGGGGAUAGGUAUAAUGUAGGUAGUUUUCAUCAAGAGCAAUUGUUGAGAUUAUUGACCGAGUCCAUUAAUCUAUUACAAAUUGUUGAAGUACUUAGAAAUGUACAGGCCAGUAGUCAUGGUAGUAUGCAAUAAAGUAUGAGUAUUCAUGGAAAAUAGGAGCAACAUUGCACUUUUGCUGAAGGAUUUACUCUUAUUUUCAUAUUGAAAGGAAUUUCAGCAUAUGAUUUUCAAAAUAUUGUCUGACAAGCAAAAUAUAAUGUGGAUAGUCUGGUACCUUUUUAUGUUGGCUACUUGUUUUAUCAUUCAGUGUGUUAGUGGAAAGAUGGACAAUACAUCCAAAAUGAAUUGAUGUAACAGUGUUUUAACUGUUACACAUCAUAUUUCAACAUUCCCUCCUUGUGUGCAAUUGAAGUGGCAAGACAGGGAUCUGUAAAUAAUUAAUAUCAGAGAUUUAUGAGUUUUGGAAUCCGUAUGCAAGUAGUCACAUGAGUUGAUGAUAGAACUGAUUUUACAAAGUCUAACACAAGUGGCAAUACAUUUAUCCUAUCAGUGGAGACGCCCAAGGCUUGUAAGUUGUUCCACAACACCACUCCAACACUAAAGGAUUUUCAACUCAAGUUGCAUUGGUUGGAUUCUGGUCUUGGCACAGGUAGUGUAGUAAGCUGACCUACUUAAUCAUGGUAUCCCAUAUUACUCACUACAUAACAAUGAUGUAGAUAACUUGUGUAUCAUUUUAUAGCCUGGACAGAAAGCAGGCAAAUCGUUGCUGUCCUUGUGACUGGAUCUGGAAAUUGUCAUGCACAUGUAGUGUCCUGUUGGGCUUGUCUACGCAUGUGCUUCACCUAUGACAAGAUGAGUCUUAACAAAUGUAAUAUAUAAAUAUAUAUAUAUAUAUAUCAUCAUGGUUAUUAUGAAUAAAGAUGUUCAACAGGA